AUGAAUCUCAAACUUCUUGAUGCCGAUGUCUCCACUGUCCAGAAGGUGCGUUCUGGCGCAGCUGGGACAACGCCAGAGAGUCCGAUUGAUGCCGUUGUCAUUGGUGCUGGCCCUUCAGGAAUGGUAGCAUUGAGAACCCUCCUCCGAGACGAUCCUCCUCUGUCUGUGAUGGCCGUCGACCGUCAGAAGGGCCCGGGAGGAAUCUGGACCGGACAUAUCCCCGCCUAUUCCACGCUACAAGAUCUCAAAAUCGAAUACCAGGUGCAUGGCGUUAAGUUUCCUCAAGCCGAGCCUCCAAGGCGUGCACCACGCGACCAAGUUGCGGAGUUUUGUGAAGCCUACCAUACGGAAUUUGGUCUCAAAGAACACGUCUUAUGGCAGCACGAUGUUGCGAAAGUUGAGAUGGUCAAGCCUAUGCUACAUAAGGUUAUGAUUAAACCGUUCGUCGAAGGUUUGGACGAGCCAGUGACCACAACCGUCUUCACGCGAAGUGUACUUGUCUGCACCGGACACAAUAUCCAUAAAUAUGUCCCCAAGUUUCCUGGAGAGGAAACUGCAACCUUUCCAAUCAGACACAAUAACGAAAUCCGGGAGGCCAGUGAGAUCCCAACAUCAGAUGUCAUCAUCAUUGGUGCUGGUCCAUCCGCCAUGGACAUGGUCCAGGAAGCCUGUAUCACACGAAAUGCAACGAAUGUCCACGUGGUAGCUCGCAUUGCCCAUUGGGGCGCCCCGGAUAUGUGGUGGCCGUGGUUGUGGCAGUUCGGAUGGUCUGAACUUCAUCUUCUCCGAGUCCUUUAUCGACUUCUUCCGAUUUUUGUUGUUGACGCACUUUUGUAUUACCUGAAUGUGAUCUGGGCAUGGGUUCAUGGGAUUCCGGAGUGGUACCCCCCUAAGAAGGAUGCCGUGUCUAUGAAAGUGGCCUAUAUUCUGCGUACACAUCUCGUUCCACCUUACAAGAGAGGCCAGUUUAAGAUCCACAAUGAUUGCCAAAUCAAGCGCAUUCAAGGUAGCAAAGUGACUCUUGAUGACGGCACCGUUCUCUAUCCUAAGAUGAUCAUCGCCGCUACUGGUUGGUCUACUGAUUCUUCCUUCCUCCCUGGUGGCCAGAAAGCGGGAGAAUACGACUCUCUGGCAGCGGCAGAUAUCCCCAAGCCGCUCUAUCUGCGGUUCUACGAUCAGGAUCACCCUGGAAUCUUCUAUAUCUCGAUGGCUAAUGGCUUCAUGGCUUACACGGAGAAUGCGUCGUUCUUAGCGCAGUGCAUCAAUCAGAUCUUGAGGGGAACAUGGACGCCACCAUCAGCCAAGGAGAUGGAGAAGAAUUGUAAGGAGGUGGUCCUUCACCACGUCGGUUUGCCAGGACAACUGCAGACGGAUCUUGAGGAGGCGGGUUUCAAGAAUCUGAGAACCAAGAACAUGAGGUAG